UCCAGACUCAUAUUAUAUCACACUGCUACAAGUUUUAGCAAAAACAAUUAUUGCUAAUAUUGUUGGCAAGCAGCUUCCACCACAGAGCAAUCCGGCACCCGUUCUAUGCCUUGUGCAAUCGACAUCUGCGGAUACAAAGAAGCCUGCCACAUGCUUAUUCUGCAAAUUCGGCAAAUUCAUUUUCGCGACGUAUGCAUGGAUGUCUCGGAAUCCGGCUCCCGCUCUCCCGAGUAUAAUACGAUUUUGGAGAAACGAAUUGGACCUUUAUCAGCUGCUCAAUUGCCGACAGGUUACAAGGAAUCACAUUUAAGUUCGAAAUUGGCAGCGAUGUCCCAACACCGUUGGAACUAGCUUCGGAACAGGCUACUGAGCAACCAAUACUCUAGUUCUUGAACAUUCAUGCCUUGUCUACAUAAGAAACGGCCCAACGGCCUCUCCGGACUACCUGGACCUAAACUUCCUUUAUCAACACCCGCUCUCAACUCUGAGUGUGAAGCUGACGGAUUCUGCAAUGUCAGCAUUCAACCAUAUCGUGCCAGUAUUGGCGUCAAAUCAAACGGUCUGAAUCUGGAUGGUAUUUCUUCUCGUUGGUCUCAUCAAAUUCAUUUGAACGAGCCCCCUCUUUUGACUUAUGGACUUCAUUCCCAAUCUUUGUUAAACCUGGCUGGCCGUCAUCCAAUCAGCGUACCAAACAUGACUCUAGUUCAGCGCACCACCACCUUAGGGUUCAUCAACGCUAAUAAACAGAAACUUCGCGCUGGACUUCGAGCUCUGCUUACACUAAGUCCAUCCCAAUAUUGGCCUAUUGGGGGGAGUGGAGCUGCCGUGAAUAUGGUCAACUACAAUUGCUUUCCUAUCACAGACAACUCAGGCAACAUUUUGGACUUUACUAAUUCUACAACUCCAUCUUCAAUUACAGAGAGUCCUGCCGAUCUGGAUGUGCUCUGUCUAGCGCUUUUGAAUGGCGGCUCUCUCUGUUCGUUUCCUGAGCCUAGCGUAACAUGCCUGAUCGUGCGUAAAUUGGAUGUCAGGCAAUGCGUUGCCAUAUCUUCUGGCCGCGAUGGAAGGAAGACUGUAGUCUCGUCGAUGCAGCUGCGUUCAAAGCGCAUACAGAACCCUGUGCUGUCAGAUGCACACCAACUAGCCAAUAGCGACAUUGGUUAAAUUCAUUCCCGGAUUCAUUGGCGAGUCCCGAGAUGUUGUGCUAAAGACGGCAUCAGGAUUGCUACAUCAAAUCAGCCACAAGCAACGUCUGUGAAACCUUUCAGCAUCUGUUGAAAGUCAGGCUCGUAUGUAUGGAAACUGGGCCUUCAGGUUGGAAAUUCUAUGCGAUGACUGGCCCAACUUUAUUAACAGUGGACAAUCAAUCCAAAUUAAAUUGCACACGGAUUGUCGUAGCACAGUUGCCAACUGCAGGAUUAGUGAAAUGGAUGCUUGAUAAUGGGAUGUCUUGUCUUACUUAAUCAAAUA